AUAGAUAGCCAGAUAAAUAGACAGACAGACAGAUAGAUAGGCAGAUGGAUAAACGAACAGAUGGACAGACAGGUUGAUAGAUAGAUAGCCAGAUAGAUAUGCAUUUACUGUAUAAACAAUGUUAUUCAAGUGAUAAGAAUACGGUAUUAUAAAUAUAUUACGAUACGGUGAUUUAUUAGCUGUAAUAAUUACGUUGAGUAAAAUGGCGCUGUUCCGUUGAGGGCUCGUGCCCCUGCUCUUAUGCCUGGGAAACCCCGUCUGCGAGCUGCCAACGCCCGGCGCAGAGAAACAAACAGAACGGAAUAAGAUCUUGAAUGAGAAGAUUGGACUGUUAAACACAAACAAAGCACAGUUAUGCAGACGAUCAAGUGCGUUGUGGUUGGCGAUGGUGCCGUUGGUAAAACCUGCCUAUUAAUCUCCUACACAACUAACAAAUUCCCCUCUGAAUAUGUACCAACGGUCUUCGAUAACUAUGCAGUUACGGUUAUGAUCGGUGGAGAACCGUACACCCUGGGACUGUUUGACACUGCAGGUCAGGAAGACUACGAUAGAUUACGGCCUCUGAGUUACCCCCAAACAGAUGUCUUCUUAGUCUGUUUCUCUGUCGUUUCCCCUUCUUCGUUCGAAAACGUCAAAGAAAAGUGGGUACCCGAGAUCACCCACCACUGUCCAAAGACCCCCUUCCUGCUCGUUGGGACGCAGAUCGAUCUGAGAGAUGACCCGUCCACCAUCGAGAAGCUUGCGAAGAACAAACAGAAGCCGAUUACUCCGGAGACGGCUGAGAAGCUGGCCCGGGACCUGAAGGCCGUCAAGUACGUGGAGUGCUCCGCUCUCACGCAGAGAGGUCUGAAGAACGUAUUUGACGAAGCUAUCCUAGCUGCUCUCGAACCGCCCGAAACGCAGCGAAAACGGAAGUGCUGUAUAUUCUAAAGUCUCGUUUUCUCUCUUUAUUACGCCUAACCCCCCCCUCCAGAUGUUUGCUGCUUCCUAGUUUACCUCUUGCUCCUGAUUACUAACAAAAGAAGCUUGUUUUAUGUUUCUUGCUUCAUAUUAAUGUAGUGUUUUUUCCAUCCACUCUUUCUUUUUCUUUCUUUCUCUCUCUCUGCAAUCAUGUGUCUUAAGAUUUUUCCUUUUGUCAUUUUCGUCACCUCUUGUAUUAAAUGGAGAUUUUGUCCUCUCCAGAUGUGGAGCAUUAUUAUUAUUAGUAGUAGUAUUACAAUUGUUAGUUUGCUUUCUCUUUUGUUUUUUUUUGUUUUUUGCACUUAAACCUGUAACAACGAUUAGGUCUCAUGUCGAUUGUUGCUUUCUCGUUUCUUCAUUCCUACUGUCUAAGAGAGUGGGCGGAGCCAAAGAGGUACACUGAUCAAGCAGCUCAAACGCAUUGCGCUCAAGUCUUUUUAUCUUCCCCCCCUCUUCAUUCCUUAUUUCAAUGUAUUAUUUUAUACUGCAAUCAUUGUAUCAUAGAAAUUAACUUCUGCGCAUAAUAUUAAGGCUACACCCUGCAAUCAGGUGCCGUUGAUCAGGUGCACUGUCUUGGGAUUUACUUAUAACCUUGUGAAAUGAUUUGUGUCAUUAAUAAAGGUCGGCUAAAAUCGC